CGCACAGGGCAGCGGGAGUCUCUCCAGGAACAAGCGCAUUACAGUAAUAACCUAGAGAGCUCUGCAAUACAAUAUCGGAUAUAUAUGAAGUAUGUUCUCUCCUUUAAAGGAUGAGGAAGACUUGUUUCUUCACUUGAGAAGGUGAAGACGAGCAAUGCGCUCGUGAGCAAUUUGCGGAGUUGCUGAAGAGACCAAAAGCAUCUAAAGGAGCUGGUUUUGUUCUCACUUGGUGACACCGUGUUCUUUUUUUAAACCGUGGACCGUUUUGAGAGUUUACAGAGAAACUGAUACCGAUGUCUGGGCUACUAAGGACGAUUUAAGUCACUUGUCUUUUGUAAUUAUUCCUAGCAUUGAGGUUUGUUCGUUGCGGCGCCUGAACUUUUUUUUUCUGUGAGCGUUUCGCUGCAUGAAGCUUCGGUCCUUCGUGAGCAAAGGUUGCGACGGUGGCAUUCAUUUUUUCUCCUACACAUAAGGAAUAAUUUUAAUCCCCUUUUCCCAUUUCCUUCGUGCAUUGCGAAGAUGUCGCACUGAGACGAUAUGGAUUCUCGGCUGUAACGCGUUUCCGGUGGUCAGACAGAGCGGACAUGCAGCUCGUGCGUGCGGUUUGCGCGCUCGCGGCCGCGGCUUCGGCCCUUCUCCUUAUCCUCUUCUUCCAGGCGCGCGCUCUGCGUGAAGGUCAGCUGGCAGCAGGCACAUGUGAAAUUGUCACACUAGACCGAGACAGCAGCCAGCCAAGGAGGACCAUCGCACGGCAGACAGCCAGGUGUGCCUGCAGGAAAGGCCAGAUUGCCGGGACAACCAGAGCCAGCCCGGCAUGCGUAGAUGCUCAUAUUGUGAGGAGCAGACAGUGGUGUGAGAUGAUGCCUUGCUUGGAUGACGAAGGCUGUGACUUGUUAAUAAACAGAUCAGGUUGGAGAUGUGUACAGCCUGGAGGCAAAGUGAAAACUACCACAGUAUCCUGACAUUAGCUGUGGAUGUAGACCUUCCACCACAUCCUCUAUGGCUACAGCUAACAUGAAUACUUUCUUGUCUGUUUAACCACCCAUCAAUAAGGGGAUUAAAAGCCCCAACAUAGCGGAUAAUGGAUCGUUCUGAGAAAUACUGCUGGACUGAGCAAGAUUGUGGAUUUUUCUCUCCAGUCAUGUAAGAUUUUACAGACCAAAGAAAAACUGUUGGGACGCCAUCACAUACUUGGAAGGAUAUUGGUGAAGUGAGUUACAAGUGAUGAACAUAAACACACAUCUAGGCAAACAGAAAAACUCACAAACAUACACUGAACACACACAUAUACCUGUUGGCACAAAGAGAAAUAAGGAUAACUUUUAUUCUUAUCACAUCUUUAUUGGAUGUAUCAGUUGGUGCUCAUGCUGCAUAAUGAACAUAAAUCAGGUACGUUUGGAAAACGCAACAAUUCUGCUGAUGACGUGACAAGGAACUUUGGCAAAGACUAAUAAAUAUUUUUUUCAAAGGCACAGAAUGUAUUUAAUAUUUCUUAUGUUGUAAUUUUCUAGACUUGCUUAUUUAAAAUGUGAUCAUGU